CCCGCUCUCUAUGGCCGACGGAGGCGCUCCCCGCCGAGGCGAGCCGCGGCCGGCCCGGGGCUCCCCCCGCCUCCCCGCAGGGCCCGCUCGGCCGGCAGGGCCGCGGGGCCCCGAGAUGCGGCUGACGGUGAAGGCGCUCCAGGGCCGCGAGUGCAGCCUGCAGGUUUCCCCAGAUGAGCGCAUCUCCUCUCUCAAAGCUCUGGUCUCAGAGAAACUGGAUGUUCCUGUGUCCCAGCAGCGGCUGCUUUUUAAAGGCAAAGCCCUGGCAGAUGAACACCGUCUCUCCGAUUACUGCAUUGGGCCAGAGUCCAAGCUCAACCUAGUGAUCAAGCCACCAGAGAAGGCCUCCCCUGAGGAGCCCGGCCACAGAGUUGCUGCCCCACAGAAUCCUGCAAUUUGGCACGUGUUGGCGCAAGUCUUGGGCAGGCAUUACAGCACAGCUGAUGCUGAGAAAGUGCUGGAGCAGCUGCAGAAGGAUUACGAGCGGAGCCUGCGAUUGCUGAGCUUGGAUGACAUUGAGCGUUUGGCCACGCGACUGCUUCAUCCCGAGGUGGUGGAAGCCAUAGAAAUGGGCUUUCUGGACUAGCUGCUGGACUGGAGACUGAGCCCCAUCAGCCCCUUUGGACACAGAGUCCCCCUGGGCAGGGCCCAAUCGGAGGGCUGACUGGGCAAGAUCCCUCUGGACUGCUAUUAAAGGGGGGGAUUAGAGCAUUGGUGACCACUCCCCAUCCAUUAAAGGUGCCAGAGGGUGAGCCUGGGCUGCUCUGAGCUGGUGUAUUCAGCUGAAAUGGGGGGUAACAUUGAAGUGUGGGAGGGGAAUCGCUUGCCCAGUCUCAAGAGAUGCAGCAGCCUCAGAGCUUGAGGGUCAUUGUGUGGAUUUUUCCCCUUUAUCUCCAAAAUCCCAUUGCAUCUCCUUGGUUCAUAUUUAUUGUUUAAGCCAAAGAACUGUUUCCAUGACAGCGUUCACCAGAAAUUAACACGCAAGAAAAAUCAAACUAGAAAUCAAUAGAACUUUUUAAUACACAUUUUGAAAACCGUAGUAACAGUUCCCUCCAGUGCCACUCUGUAAACUUGAAGAAUAGAAUAAAGGUAAUCUAGGUCCCAGUGCAGUCUGUAGCUUUAGAUGAGGCAGGUUGAAUGUUUUAAGUUGCAUUAAAUAAUAUUUUUCCUUAUAGUUUA